GAGAGAGAGAGACAGAGAGAGAGACAGAGAGAGAGGGAAAAAAAACAGAGCGCAAGAGAGAACAAGAGAGACACUGUCAAAACCAAAAUGAGUGAGUGAGAGUGACAUACUGACAGGCACUUGGUUUUCAAAAAGGACCUUGUAGACAUUUUGCAUCUGGACUACUUUUGAAGAUAUAAGCCUGGGGGACAAGGUCAAGCACCCGGCAUGAACUCACAGCCCAGGCCCUGCAGUGGGAGGAGUGGAGCCUGAAAAAAGCUUCAGUAAAGCUCAUCUGCUUUAUCAGGAUGGGCUGCACUUGCAGUGGCCAGAAAGAAGUACACCAGGGCGAGUUCUAUAAAGGAAAACACAACUCUCAGGCCUCCCACUCAUUGAAUCACAUAGCACGAAGCAGAAACAGCAAUACGGAUAAUGAUGAAACUCUGUAUGUGGCACAACAUGACUUCAAAGCCAACAACGACAGUGAUCUUCCUUUCAAGAAGGGAGACAAACUUAAGGUUUUGCAAGAAAACGGAGAAUGGUGGCUGGCUAAAUCGUUGGUGACUGGACAGGAAGGCUUCAUACCAUCUAAUUAUGUAGCCAGAGCAGAUACGCUGGAGGUGGAAAAGUGGUUUUUCAAAGACUUGAGUCGGAGAGAGACCGAACGACUGCUUUUGGCCCCUGGAAACAAACCGGGUGCCUUUCUAGUCCGAGAAAGCGAGACCUGUAAAGGCUCCUUCUCGCUGUCAGUCAGAGAUCAUGUAUCAGAACAUGGAGAUGUGGUAAAACACUACAAGAUCCGCUGUUUGGACAAAGGUGGCUACUACAUCUCUCCUUCCAACACGUUCCCAUCCCUACAGGAACUGGUCAAAUACUACAGCCGUACAGCAGAUGGUUUGUGUCAGCGCCUGUAUGCUCCCUGCAAGACAAAGGCACCCCAGCAGCCAUGGGCGCAUGAUGAAUGGGAGAUUCCCAGAGAGACGCUGAAAAUGGUGAAGAAGCUGGGAGCUGGGCAGUUUGGAGAAGUGUGGAUGGGUUACUACAAGAACACCCAGAAGGUUGCUAUUAAGACCUUAAAAGAGGGAACGAUGGCGCCCGAGGCCUUCCUCCAGGAGGCCAACCUGAUGAAGCAGCUGCAGCACGAAAGACUGGUGCGCCUCCAUGCUGUGGUCACCAAGGAGCCCAUUCUCAUUGUCACAGAGUUCAUGGUCAAUGGAUGUCUUCUAGAGUUUCUAAAAACAGAUGAGGGAAAAAGGCUAAAGGUCAACAAGCUGAUAGAUAUGUCAGCACAGAUAGCUGAGGGCAUGGCAUACAUCGAGAGGAAGAACUACAUCCACAGAGACUUGCGAGCGGCCAACAUACUGGUCAAUGAGACGCUGCACUGCAAGAUAGCAGACUUUGGGCUGGCCAGGAUCAUCGAGUCAGAAUACACAGCUCAAGAAGGUGCUAAAUUUCCCAUCAAAUGGACGGCUCCAGAGGCCAUCAAUUUUGGCACAUUCAGCAUCAAGUCAGAUGUCUGGUCUUUUGGGAUCCUCCUGACAGAAAUAGUUACCUAUGGAAGAAUACCCUACCCAGGGAUGACCAACCCAGAGGUGAUCAGAAGCCUGGACAGGUCGUACAGGAUGCCCGCUCCAGAAGGCUGUCCCGAGGAACUCUACAACAUUAUGAGGAUGUGCUGGAAGGAGAAGCCAGAGGAACGACCCACUUUUGAAUUUCUCCAGAACACUCUCAACGACUUCUUUAUCGCCACAGAGGGACAAUAUGAGAUGCACCCGUGAUUAAAGAAAAAGAAAAUGUUUCCUGCUGAUAACACGGAGACCAAGCUUAAAAAGUCUUAAAGAGAGAAGUGAGACUUGAAUGGAUAUAGAGGAUCAACCAAACAUAUUUAUGACUGAUGCAAUUUAUUUUUUUUAUCUUUUCAAAUGGACAUUUUUUUUUUUUUUUUUUUACAUCUACCUUCUAAGUGAAUGUAAAAAUUAUUUAUGGCUUUUUCUCUCCCUUGGAGCAUCUGAAAAGAUGUCAGUCAGAAAACGUUCAGAACUUCAAUGCAAAGACUGACUGCAUCAUAAAACCCCCAUUCUUGUAGACAGCCAUGAAGCAAAAGGAGGCAUAAAUAUGAGUGAUCAACAACGGAUAAAUAGAAAUGCGGAAAUACAAAUACAGUACAUGCAUGAUGUAAAAAGCCAUUUGGACCCAGGACGGUUAAAACAGGUAAAGUUCCAGAUCAAAUAUUUGCAUGGUACAGAAACGAGCAGCCUGAGAUUACAUGCACAAUACUUUGCACUUUUUAUUCCUCCAGUCAUUCAGUGGAUGUAUAAAGAAAGGGGAGAAUUUAUAUUUCCAUUUUUUUUUGUAAAUAAAAUAUUUUCAUUAUUUAGAACUGUUA